UCAUCAGUUGGUCAAACUUGCAACCGCCACUGGGAUUGCCACGCUGUUUCCUUACCCUUUCGUCGACUUGGUCCUUUCCUAUGUCAAUUUUCUCCAUGAUAUUUGUCUUCCCUCUUUCACUUUAUCUCUCACUCUUCAUUUUGAUAUAUGGUUGUUGAUUCUAUCUUCAGUGUCAUGCUUCGCUUUCACCCAAGAUAGAAUCUUUUGCCUUUUUCCUUUGGUGGGUUAUCCUAAUUGAAUGCUCUCUCCCGUUAAUCACCAUCAAUUCUGCGUUAUCAUCAUCAAUUCUGCUUUAUUAGCUCUAUUUUUAUCUCUCUCUUUUUCAAUUUCUUUUUAAAAAUUCUCUCUCUUCCUGUGAACUUUAUGUGGGGUGGGACAUUUAUGACUUAUUAUGAGGGAAGAAGGACAUCGUCAACUGAGCCAAAAAAGUGGGGAUUUGGAGAUAAUAAGAAAAGAUAACAAUAAUGAACUCGGACACGUGCUGCUAUACUUUACUUUUGAUAAAGUUUCUUGGUAGGAGCCGUGGGGUUUUGUUUUUGUUCAUCGUGCUUCUGAAUGGUAGAGCUGCACGAAAACGCUCUGAAUUCAGCUUCACGCGAUCAAGUUAGUGGAGAAUGGUGAUUUCACUGUUUCAAUAAGGGCUCAUUUGACGCCUCGUGGCUUUACUCUUAACAAAAAAAAUAUAUAUAUUAAUUAUUGAUGGUGGGUAGUGGCACAUUUGGAGAGUGUGGUCAUGAUGAUGGUUUGGAAUUAAUCAAGUUGACUCUUUUGGAAGGUUUCUUCUUAUCAUCUUCGUUAAACUAUCUUAGGAUACUCCCCUGAAUGGGAACUGAUGGCAGUGAACUGGUAGAGACAUUACCAAAUCCUCGCUCCUUUAAGGUACAUCGUACAAUGUGUGCAGAACUCAGGAAAUUAGUUGAUAGAAUCUUGCGGAUAAUUCCACAGAUAGAAGCAGCACGCCCUAGUGGAAUGCAGGCUCUGUGUUUGCUGAACGAGGCAAUUGAUAAAGCCAAACAACUCCUGUUAUACUGCUCCGAAUCUAGUAAACUCUACCUGGCAAUAACAGGGGAUUCCAUACUCUCAAAAUUCCAGAAGGCAAGAAAAUCAUUAACGCAAAGCUUAGUCCAGAUUCUGAAUAUGGUUCCAGUUAUGUUGGCCGCAGAGAUUUCUCGACUAAUUGGUGAUUUUGAGUGUGUGACAUUUGUCCUCAACUCUGCUGAACAAGCAGCUGGGAAGGUUAUGAAACAAUUGCUCCAGCAAGAUCCUUCAACAUCAGAUAAAGAUUCAAUGGAGGAAUCUGAACUAAAAGAUUUUCAGUUUGUAGCAGCAAGACUUGGUAUUACAUCCCCAACGGCCAUCUUAAUAGAGAGACGAUCUAUUCAGAAGUUGUUAGAAAAACUCAAACCAAAUGACCAGACAAAAGAGAUCAUCUUGAAAAAUCUUUUGUUUCUCCUGAUAAAGCACCGAAAAUCAAUCACAGGGGAACAAAUGGAGGUCUACUCUCAAAGUGAAGGACCAAUCACAACUCAGAACUCAGAUCAUGAGUCUCAAAAAAACCUUCAUGUCAAGUCAUACCUGUACUUGAACCAUGGUCAGUAUAGAACUCAUGCCAGUGAGUUGAGCAGACUUACACCUCCUGAGGAAUAUACAUGCCCAAUAUCUUUAAGGUUGAUGUAUGACCCUGUUGUCAUUGCUUCAGGAAAAACAUAUGAAAGGAUGUGGAUACAAAAGUGGUUUGAUGAGGGUAAUACUAUAUGCCCAAAAACUAAAAAGGAAUUGGCUCAUAUGGCAUUGACUCCAAAUGUUGCCUUAAAGGACUUGAUAUUAAACUGGUGCAAAACUAAUGGAGUCUCCAUUCCUGACCCGCGUAGGCAUGUGCAAGAUUUUCACUCAUGGGAAGCUUCCUCCAACUCCAUUAGGAGUUUUGGAAGUUCUUUGUAUGAUUUGAACUUCCCAAUGGAUUUUAGUAACAUGUCUCUUGGAUCAUUAGAUACCAGUUAUAAUUCAGAUUCCUCCCACACUAAGGCCAACCAUAGCUUAAAUUUGAUGUUGAACAAGAGCAGUGACAAUUCGCGCAGGCAUCAAUCUCAUGUACGGAUACAUGACGCUGAUCGGAUGCAUUUGUCUAAACUCCAUGAGCGUCAAUGGGAAUCUCAAUGCCAAGUCAUUGAAAAUAUGAAAAUAGAUUUCAAAUGCAAUUACCAAGCUUUUUGCUCUGUGUCAUCUGAGAGUUUCAUUGACCCACUCACAAGAUUUCUGAGCACUGCAUGUGAGAGGCACGAUGUAAAAGCUCUGCGAGCAGGAACUAAGUUGCUAAUGGAAUUUAUGAAGUGUUGCAGAAAUGGUAUGACCAAUUUAAGUGAAGAUACAUGCAUUAUGUUGGCAAGUCUUCUUGACACAGAAGCGAUUGGUGAAGCUCUCACCAUAAUGGAAGAACUGACAGGGAAUUGGUAUGAAAAAGCUAACAUUGCAGCUUCCAGUGUGCUCACUUCUGUUUCAAAGAUCCUUGAUUCAGGUAAUGAAGAGUUCCAACGAAAAGCUAUUAAAAUAAUGUAUAAUUUUUCAUCCAAUGGUCAAAUUUGUCCCUACAUGGUGUCUCUCGGGUGCAUCCCUAAAUUACUGCCAUUUUUUGAAGACAGAACCCUUUUGAGAGACAGUAUACAUAUCUUGAAAAACCUUUGUGAUACUGAAGAGGGUAGGGUUACUGUUGUAGAAACAAAAGGAUGCAUAUCUUCUGUUGUUGAAAUACUUGGGACUGGCAGUGAUGAGGAAAAAGAACCUGCACUGAUUAUUCUUCUCUCUUUAUGCUCUCAACGUGUGGAAUACUGUCAGUUGGUUGUGUCUGAGGGGAUUAUUCCUUCUCUUGUCAACAUCUCCAACAAAGGAAGUGAUAUGGCAAAGGCUUAUGCAUUAGAAUUACUCCGUCUUUUGAAGGACGACGAGUUUCAGUAUGAAGAUUGUUGUGAGCCAAAUCUCGGUGCCUCUCAAGAACCUAACAAUCACUAUCAAGAAAAGAAAUCAUCAAAGAAACCGUCAAUUUUGAAGAAACUAUCACUGUUCUCAAAAUCCAGUUCAGUUGCACCAAAAACCAAAAGAUGAAACUGAACUCCCAUGCAUUUUGACCUUUUGUAUAUAUCCUCCAGAACCUUUUUAUGUGCUUGGUAAGAGACAUUUUGGGUUGCUGGAUGGCAGAUAGGAUUUUUAGAUAGGGUCUUUUAAUCUUUGUGGUGGGUAUAGUCUACUACAUAAUCUUGCACAGUAACUGCUGACUGUAUAAAGUAUAGUUCUGUUUUAUGGUGUAUAGUUAUUUUGACAUGCCAAGUCAGGUAUGGAGAAAAUGGUAGAGAAGUUCUCCUUUUUCUCCUCUCCUCUCCUCUCCUCUCAAGAUGUCAAAGGGAUGUUUGAUGCCUGUGACUUGGUGGUGGUCACGGAUUCUAGUUAUAGGAACAGCCUUAGUUGGUAAGGCAUGGAGCUGCCUUUCUAUUUGUUAUUGUAUAUUGAACAAUAUAUUUUGAACAGUGAUUUCAGGGGAGAUAUUUUGAAUGGUUUAUAAUUACAUUGUUCACAUAUUACACUCA